CCCCAUGUCCAUUCCAAGAUGGCUGGGAUCCCUUUGUAUUUUGUGGAUUUGCAGGAUGACUUAGAUGAUUUUGGAUUUGAAGACUAUGGACCAGAUUGUGAUAGCAUGAGGAUAACUGCAUUCUUGGACAUUCCGGGACAGGAUAACUUGACUCCGCUUGCUCGUUUGGAAAAAUAUGCUUUUAGUGAGAAUAUAUUUAAUCGACAGAUUAUUGCCAGAGGUCUACUUGAUGUCUUUCGAGAUUUCAGUAAUAAUGAAGAAGAUUUCUUGACGGUAAUGGAGAUAGUGGUCAGACUGUCCGAAGAUGCAGAGCCUACUGUACGGACAGAACUGAUGGAACAAGUACCUCCCAUUGCCAUUUUUCUGCAAGAAAGUCGACCAAACUUCCCAACAGCAUUUUCUGACUACCUUAUGCCCAUUGUAGUGAGAUACCUCACAGACCCUAACAACCAGGUUAGAAAAGCAAGUCAGGAAGCACUGCUGAUACUGCUAGAACAAGAACUCAUUGCUCAAAAUGAUAUUGAAAAUAAGGUGUGUCCAAUUCUGUUGGACCUCUCUGCUCCAGACAGUGACGAUGAGUACAAAGUGGAAGCAGUGAAUAUAAUUUGUAAAAUGGCUUCUAUGCUGACCAAAACUAUUGUUGAACGUAUGCUACUUCCCCGUUUCUGCGAGCUGUGUGGUGACGGGAAACUUUUCCAAGUCCGUAAGGUUUGUGCAGCUAGCUUUGGCGAUAUUUGUAAUGCAGUUGGACAAGAAGCCACAGAGAGAUUUUUGAUUCCAAAGUUUUUUGAACUCUGCUCUGAUAGUGUUUGGGGAAUGCGAAAAGCUUGUGCUGAAUGCUUUAUGGCUGUGUCUUACACCACUUCUCCAGAAGUUCGCAGAAGCAAGCUGUCCCCUCUCUUUAUCAAUCUCAUCAGUGACCCCUGCAGAUGGGUUCGCCAAGCUGCUUUUCAGUCUCUAGGCCCAUUUAUUUCUACCUUCGCAAACCCUUCUAGUGCUGGCCUUUAUAUUCGGGAGGAUGGGACCCUCAGUAUCCGACCAUCAGCACAGGAUGUGACUUCCAGUUCCUGCCAACCAGGCAACAAUGCAAACAUCACAUCUGCCAGUACGAACAUUGUAUCUUCCAGUUUAGAACAACCAGUAGAAAUUAAAUCGGAAUCGUCAACUGAAGGGACUUCAGCAGAAGCCAACCCCUUGAUCUGUGUUGAAAGCCCAAGGACAGACCUACUGAAAGGAAGUUCAAACAGUUGUGGUGGUCCUGGAGAGGCUCUUACCAGAUUGUCCCAGAAUGACAAUACCACUGCUUGUGUGAUAGAAGGCAUUAAAGACUGUCACAUGAGCAAUUGCCAGGGAGUGAACUCAAGGUUCCAGUCUGCUGAGGAUAUCUUUAAUACUUUCCUGUACUGGCGCCCUCCACUCCCUGAUAUAAGCCAGGAUUUGGAGCUGCUUCAGUCCAAGACUGAGAAGCAUGAAGAAGGUUGCUCUAUGUCAAAAGCUAUGUGUAAUAACUGUGUUGCCAGUAGUGAAAUAAAAAAAGUGCUGGAAAGCUUGCAGGAGCACAUGGAUGAUCCAGAUGUUCAAGCCCAGGUUCAAGUAUUGUCCGCUGCGCUCAGAGCUGCUCAGUUUGAGUCCAUCAAUGAUUAUGAGAUCAAACACACAGAAGAGAGCAAUGGCAAACUUCAGAAUGAAUUGUCCACUUUUGAAGCCAGCCAUGCCACUGUGAAGAAGAACACUUUGUCCUCUUCAUCAUUCCAGGAUGAUGUAAGCGACCAAUCCACUACCAGUAUACUGAAAAGCACAGAGUCAGAGGAACAACACAAUGGGACCAUUGAAUUUUUAAAGAAAGAACAACAUAAUAAUCCACCCAUUGAAGAUGAUAAAUCGAAGUUACAGGAUAUCAUACCUCAACCUUUAUUAGACCAGUACUUGUCAAUGACUGACCCAGCUCGAGCCCAGACUGUUGACACUGAAAUAGCAAAACACUGUGCAUAUAGUCUCCCAGGGGUGGCCUUAACUCUGGGCCGGCAGAACUGGCAUUGUUUGAAAGAUACGUAUGAGACCUUGGCAGCAGAUGUACAGUGGAAGGUCCGUCGGACACUAGCUUUUUCCAUACAUGAGCUGGCUGUUAUUCUGGGGGAUCAACUAACAGCAGCUGAUCUGGUGCCGAUCUUCAAUGGAUUCUUAAAAGAUCUGGAUGAAGUGCGGAUUGGAGUUCUUAAACAUCUCUACGACUUCCUUAAGUUGCUUCAUGCAGACAAAAGGCGCGAGUACCUUUACCAGCUUCAAGAAUUUGUCGUGACUGAUAACAGCAGGAAUUGGAGGUUUCGUUACGAGCUGGCAGAACAGCUGAUCCUGAUAUUAGAACUCUACAACCCCAAUGAUGUGUAUGACUACUUACGGCACAUUGCGUUAACUCUCUGUUCGGAUAAAGUAUCGGAAGUCAGGUGGAUCUCCUUCAAACUGGUUGUGGCAAUGCUACAGAAGUUCUACGCAAAUAAUGCAAAUGCGUUGGGAUUAAAUUUCAUUAAUGAGCUUGUAGCAAGGUUCCGUCAUUGUUCCAAGUGGAUUGGAAGACAAGCUUUUGCCUUCAUUUGUCAGGCUGUAGUAGAAGAAGAGUGUAUGCCUGUUGACCAUUUUGUCGAACACUUACUUCCCAGUCUUUUAAGUCUUGCUUCUGAUCCUGUGCCAAACGUAAGGGUUCUGUUAGCCAAGGCUCUAAGGCAAACACUGUUGGAGAAAGCUUAUUUUAAAAGUGUUGGCAACCCUCAUCUAGAAGCUGUGGAAGAGACUGUUCUAGCUUUACAGUCUGACAGAGACCAAGAUGUGUCUUUUUUUGCCACUGUAAAACCAAAACUGAACAAUAUGGACAUGACUUCCCUUGAAAAACAAAACUAA